AUUUUAUUAUGGGAGGAGGCAGUAGCUCUGCAAAGAAGAAAAUACUAUCGAAUGCUAUAAAAGAGAGAGCUAAAUCUCGACGAGACAGAGCUGAGGCAUCCACCAAACUACCCUCUAGCAACCAUCUCCAUGACUACACUUUAGCAGCUCAGGAGUUUCUUCAAAAGAGAGAAAUACAGAAAUUAGCUCGAGAAAGAAACAUCAAUCUCCACGGAAAGUUAAUUAAGUCAAAGUUUGGGCUAGAUGUUAAGACUUUCACUCUCAAGCAAAGUUCGAAGGAAAAUGAUCGAUAUUACCCUAGAUUUAAAUACAGUUGAACAGAGGAUGCUAAAAUCUCAAUUUAUUACUGCUGAAAUCAGAUUUCAAACUCUGAAGGAGUCCCAAUGUACUUCACCAUUCCUUCUGUUCUUCCUGCUGCAGGAUUAGUCGAAGUAGACAAAGGCUUGGACCAAACGUAUGAGAAAGUAAAAAGCACAUCCUUUGAUAUUUCCCAAUACGAGAAUAUGCCUUUGUUCAAUUCUACAAUGUCUUACUUUCCCUGAGUUAUUACCCUAGAGCCAAGGAAGAAACCGAUUAUUGGAGAUGAUGGUGUCUCAGACUACCAAAAUUUGAUAACAUAUUGAGUCUUUGCACUGAAUAAAAGCACAAAUCAGAUUGAAAUUAAGCCUUUCAAGCAAACUCUCGUCGCUUUUGAUAUGGCCUUCAACCUCCAACAAAUUUAUGGAAUAAAUGAUGCUGUAGAAGAAAACAAAGAGGAAACUCUUGGAUUGAUAGCUGCAGACGACUCCCAACUCUGAGUUGUUUGUAUGACCGACCAAAAGAAUACAGUAGUUAUGCCAUGAGGCCAUCUCUGUGUAUGUAAAGACUGUGCAACGACCAUUGCAAGCCAGAGAUCCCCAGAUUGACCUAUUUGCAGAAAGAAAGUUUAUUCCUUUGUUCCCCUGAAUAUUGACUCCAUCAAAAAUAGGGAAACAAAGACUAGUAAUGGUGAGAUUAGUGCUGGGUACCAAGUGUAACACUUCUAACCCUCCAAAUCCUUCUCAAAUCUCAAAUAAAAUAAUUGAUUUU